GUUUAUUGAGACAACGUGGACCAACGUAGGUGAGUUCGAGCGUUCAAUAUACGUUGCAACUAAGAAGAAAAGACAUACAAAUUCAUCUCCAGCCAACCAGAUCAAGGAAUUUUAGCUCAGAUUUAAUCACAAAAUUUCAAAGCGAUUAAUAUGACGAUGAUCCAACUUGAGAUGUAAGAUGGCAGAGAUCUUCGAUUAUAUUUAUCUGCAUUAUAUAUCUAAUAUAUUGUGGGGAUAAGACCAACUACAAGAGAGAAGCAAACUUAACUCUCUGCUCAAACUCAAAUGGAAUUUAGGCGACACUCAACUCAAGCUCUAACUUUAUCGUCCAUGUCUUUCAAACGUUAUGUUAAGGCAGUUGCAGAAGGUUAGAUAAGAAGACGAAAAUACAACGCAUACGUUAAUUAUCAGUGAAGCAUAAAACUUCCCUUUUAGCAAAACAGGAAGUCAAGUACUUUGUAUCACAACAAGAUCAAAAUGCAUGGUUUGUGUCAUGAAAACUUUUAACGUAUACUUCGUUCGGGAGAUGUCUUCUAUCUUGCGAUUUAUAGCUUUAAUUGACGCAAUCAAAUUUUCAGCGUCAUGCAUACUUUCACCGUUCCAAAGUGCUGCAUUGUAAUUACAGGUCGGAUUGUAAACAAACUCUCUGGCGAACAGAAAUAUUUUUUCAUAAAUUCGAAUUUGAUUAAUAUAAACUGAUAGAUUUAGAUACUUAUGUGAUUCAUAGGCUAAGCUAGCGGUUAGAACUGAAAAUCUGUCAGGACUGUUGAAUAUGAAAUGGUCCAACAGUCUGCCUAAACACCGCUACAAAAGUAUGCAGAUCGAAUUUUGUUUGAUCGACCAAAAUAUUUUGUCGGGUCGGUUUUCUUUGGCUAAGUUCAGCGAUCAAACCCAAAUAACUUUGAACUAAAUGGCGUCUGAACACAGUAUUUUAGAAGCUUGUUCAACAUUUAUCAAUAGGAGUUUCAAAUUCUGUAAUUAAAACUCAAUUUAAAAUUAUAAAAAUUAAACGAACUUGAUACGGAGGCGAUGCUGACGAGACAUUAGCGGCGUCUAAACAUAUACCAUCGGCAUUGAACUUCCUUUUCAGCAAUUCAGGAUUUAACAAAAUAACCAAAGAAAACAAAACAGGAAGCACUUUACAGGCCAUUUCAUUGAUUUUCUAGCAAUGACGUAAACCCAUUAUGACUACAGCUUUCCUCUCUAUUGAUCAGACUUUCGAGCGGAAACUGCCAAAAAAUUUUGUCAACGCUCGCUUGAUGAUAUGAAACAAGCUAAAUUUCAGGUUUUGUGAGAGGAGGGAUGAGUAGUUAGUGCUGUUGUAGAAUUUCAUAGUUAGCUCCUUUUGGGGAAUCAUGUCAUUAAAAGCAAGUCAGGCAUCAGUAUUGUUAAGUUAGUCGUGUUGGUAUUAGGUUGCAGAAACAUUCAAUACUGUGGUUGCAAUAGAUUUAGAUACUUAUGUGAUUUAUAGGCUAAGCUAGCGGAUAGCACCGAAAAUCUGUUAGAACUUUUGAAUGAAAUGGUCCAACAGUCUGCCUAAACACCGCUACAAAAGUACGCAGAUCGAAUUUUGUUUGAUCGACCAAAAUAUUUUGUCGGGUCAGUUUUCUUUGGUUAAGUUCAGCGAUCAAACCCAAAUAAUUUUGAACUAAAUGGCGUCUGAAAACAAUAUUUUUAGAAGUUUGUUCAACAUUUAAAAAUCAAUUAAAUCAAUCAAUUAAAAAUAAUAAAAAUUAAACGAACUUGAUACGGAGGCGAUGCUGACGUGACAUUAGCGUCCAAACAUUUACCACCAGCAUUUAACUUCCUUUUCAGCAAUUCAGGAUUUAAUAAAAAGGGAAAUGAUGAUUUAACUAGAAUAUUUCUCUCGGUUGAUAUCUCGUUGAGUUCUCAUUGCAGUCGCCGUCCUGAUGUUACAUAAGGUCUGUUAUUGUGUCACGGAAAAAAAGAACCAGCAUGUUCCCUUCUUUCAGUGACUGAAGAGGUUACUUGCUAACUACCUAGCUGUAGGUAGACACCUCUCUUUCCAGUCGGAUUGAUAAUCGAGACUUUCGUCGUUACGGUUUACAAAACAGAGUCAAAGUGUUUUAGGUAAGUCUUGCCCAUAAUACUAACUGAAAUGCCUUGAACGUUAGAAUUACACGAACGCCUGUCCACAGACUCUUUCAGUGGCAAACCUCUCAAAAUUUAAUUAUAAUGGGAGGGGAAUAAUUGAAAAGAAGAAACUAUUAGCUAAUUAGUUGGUUUGUUAAGGACACUAGCUAGAAGGCCAGCAAAUUCUUGUAAUUUUUAUACCGAAACUUUUGUAUUUUAACGUAGUUUGUAUUGGUUUAUUUAUAUUGUUUAUUGUCAUUUUAAUCUCGUUAUUGGCGUUAAGCCCAGUUUUUUACACGCGAUUUCUGAUUACGCAUUCGCAACAUUUCAUUAGAUUGAUAGAACUUCGCAUGCUAAAUUAAUAUUACAUACACAGUAUUACAUACCCAGAUCACUGGUCUACCCUCUCCAAAAUUGUAUCCUUCUUCUCGCGCGUCAGGCCACUUGGCCCGAAGUAAGGUGAUCUUUCGGCCAAUACCAAUAUCGAGCCCAGGGUCAUUUUGGUUCUUUCUGUUAGCAGUAUGGUCGCCAAAUUAUUUCAAUUGGGAAUUUUUUUUUCUCGCAAAAAAGAUAUAGCGUCACCUUCUGAAGUUAUUAUGAUAAAGAUGAGGGAUGAAAACAUAGGUGAACGAAGUAAACGUGUUAAUUCUUCACCGUAUUUUCAUAGAGGGCGAAUAUCUUGUAUCCUGAUCACUAGUAAAAUGAUCAUGUGAAAUCAGGGAAAUAUCUCAUUGCAGAAGAAAAAUGAUUCGAUCGACCCGUAUUUCCCUAAAUGAAACACAAACUAGACACGUUUUUUGUGUGUUUGCUGUAUUUUGGUCACCUAGGUUUGCCCAUGUGGCUUUUAUCUUUGUUUUAGCUCUGGAUGCAGCUGAAGAAAAAGUUCUGUUAUUUAGCUUGCAAGCCCCCUGUUUAUGUUUUCCAAUAAAGGCAACAUUGAAUUAACCUAGAGCUUGUCAGCGGUAUUCCAUGACGAAUUGCAAUUGCAUCAAAAGCCAAAAAAACGCGAAGGUUUCUUGGGUUGUUUCUCUAUAUAACCCAAACAUAAAAGCUUUUUUAAUUCCUAAUGAAUGCCUUAUGAAUAAAUGUUUUCUUUCAAAAGCUGAUAUAAGUGAUGACCACUUCGAAGGACGAUUUAGAAGAAAAUCUUGAAUGUUCAAUUUGCCUCGAAAAGUUUACGGAGCCAAAAGUGUUGACCUGUCAACACAUCUUCUGCAAACAAUGCCUGGAGGGACUGGUGACUCGAGUCCGCAAACGAUACAUUAUCAGGUGUCCCGUAUGCAGAGAAAAAAGUCAGGUAUGAAACCAGAAAUUAUUUAGGGAAACGGACCUUUAAUGGCCAAUUGACAUUGUAUCGUAUUGCAUAACAAAAAGCCAGGAAAUCAGGUCCAUAUUGUGCAACAAUAUUAAUAUGCAAAACUUUAAAAUUGAACAAUCCCUUUUAGGCACUGCACACCAAGAAACUAUAAAAUGACGAUCCGAAUAAAUAAGGGGGGGGGGGUUAGUUUCAUUGAGGCCUCCGUCAAUAUGUGGGUGGUAUUGGGAUGCCUCAUCUUCUUCUCCAAGAUAAUUUCAAAAUGAUUAUGGCCCUCCUUUGUGGUUUGAAACAUUUUUCCUUUACUGUUUGCGCACGAUAGUUAAUGCAUACUCUGAAAUCAGUAGUUGUCUACUUUCUGCAGUAAGUUUAUUUAAGAGAGUUUGACUACGUAUCUCAUUUUAAUAACGUGCAAUGGGUCUCGACAAGACGUUCCACAAAUUUUUAUCGAAUAUUUACAAAGCUAUUGCACACAACAAGGUCUAAACGAAAUCCUCAAGGGGCUUGCAGAAGAGCACACAAUUCGCCUUUCAGCCUCUUAACAACAAAAUAUUAUAUUCUCUUUUCCUUUCCAUUCACUGAAAUGUCCAUAAUUAGUCUUGCUUCCUUUUCUCUUCAGGUACUCAAUGGCGAUGUCGCAAACCUUCCGUCCAACUACAUCAUAAAUCGUCUGCUGGAUCUCAGACGCACAAAUUCCAAGCCCUUUUGUAACAAACACGAGGACGAAAUCCUCAAGCUCUUUUGCCUGAAUUGCCAACAGUUGAUUUGUCGAGACUGCGCUUUAAUUGAUCAUCGCGAUCACAAGUACAACUUUGCUGAAGAUGUAUUUCCCGCUGAGAGAGAAAAGAUAGUAAAUGCCAUGCUGGAAUCAAAAGAAAAAGUCCUUGCUUUACAAGGAUCUAUGGGUGCUUUUGAGGAGCAGAAAAAGAGUCUGGAUCAAAACGCGCGAGAGGUCGACCAGAAAAUUGACGACUUCUUUAAUGAAGUAAUUCAGUUCCUAAAAGGAGAAAAGCAACGCAUGAAGGAUGAACUUAAAGGAGCAGUAAAGACCCAGAAGGAAAAAAUUCAUGCAGAGUUGAGUUAUUUCGAAGCUUCACUCGAGUAUGCAAGCAGUAGACUUGAGGUUAUAGAACACCUCCUGGCUAAAGUAAGCGACGAAGAUGCCCUAUUGGCAAAGAACGAUAUGCUAAAACAACUCAGUGAUAUUAACUGUGUUUUGCCCCAUUUAAAGCCAACCCCUCAGACGAUAUAUGACUUUGGGGCCGAUGACAUGUUGGAUGUGAUUAAUAAAAUGGAAGCUAUUUCUUUGCAUUAA